UCCUGGAACGGGAUUUAAGAGGCCCUAUCGCGUAACGAUGGCGCGCGGGGUGGGGUGUGGAUAUCACGCGGUGACUUUUAUCGGUUCGGGAUUUGGGAGAUCGCGGAAAGGACACAGGUGGAUCUCGCGAGUUUUAAAAUAUCACUGCAUUACUCAGACACAGGACACAGGUUUCUUCAUAUCAAGGGAAACUAAAAUUCAUCUAACAACACUCGGAAUGGGAAAAGAUUAUUAUUCAAUUUUGGGAAUUGAAAAAGGGGCUUCUGAAGAAGAUAUCAAAAAGGCUUACCGAAAACAAGCCCUUAAAUGGCAUCCGGAUAAGAACAAAUCCUCCCACGCAGAGGAAAAAUUCAAAGAAGUUGCAGAAGCCUAUGAAGUCCUGAGUGAUCCCAAAAAGAGAGACAUUUAUGAUCAGUUUGGGGAGGAAGGGUUGAAAGGAGGAGCUGGAGGACCCGAUGGACAGGGUGGCACCUUUCGAUAUUCCUUCCAUGGUGACCCACAUGCCACAUUUGCAGCAUUUUUUGGUGGCACAAAUCCUUUUGAGAUCUUCUUUGGGAGAAGAAUGCCUAGUGGCAGAGACACUGAAGACAUGGAAGUGGAUGGUGAUCCUUUUGGAUCUUUCACUAGUUUUAGCAUGAAUGGAUUUCCAAGAGAGAGGAAUACAGUUGGUAGCCAGCCUCGUCGUAAACAAGAUCCCCCGAUUAUCCAUGAACUUAAAGUAUCAUUGGAAGAGAUAUAUCAUGGCUGCACAAAAAGGAUGAGAAUUUCCCGAAAAAGGCUGAACCCAGAUGGCAGAAGUGUCCGAACAGAGGACAAAAUCCUCACCAUUGAGAUCAAGAGAGGGUGGAAAGAAGGCACUAAAAUCACUUUCCCAAAAGAAGGAGAUGAAACACCCAAUACCAUCCCAGCCGAUAUUGUUUUUGUCAUUAAAGACAAAAGUCACUCGCUCUUCAAGAGAGAUGGUUCAAAUAUUAUCUAUCCUGUUAAAAUCAGUUUGCGGGAGGCUUUAUGUGGCACCUCUGUCACCGUGCCAACAAUAGAAGGAAGAACCAUACCCAUGACAAUAAAUGAGGUUGUAAAGCCUGGGAUGAGGAGAAGAAUUAUAGGAUAUGGGUUGCCAUUUCCCAAAACUCCCGACCAACGUGGCGACUUAAUUAUAGAAUUUGAAGUAAAUUUCCCAGACAAUAUUCCUGCAGCAUCAAAAGAAGUACUUAGGAGAAAUCUUCCUGUUUCAUAAAGGAAUGGACUGUGUUAACACUGUUUCAGCAGGACACUGAAAAUGCAGAAGACUGGCAAGUUCAUGCUGUAAAAGUGCAAUCUAUAUCCAUUUGUGGAAUAUUCAUUUUCUUUUGUGGGGUGGAGGGAGGGAAUACUGUAAUGCUGCAUGAGAAGAGAAUGGUUAAGUACAAGUCACGCGGGUGACUCUUGCAGUAAAACAUACAGGAAAAACCACUCACUGUAUCUUACUUCUUCCUAAUCAGAGAGUUUAUUCAGUAUUUUGCUUACAUGUAAAAUGUAAUCAUUUUGCAAAAGCUCAGUGCACAUAUUUCUAAUAAAGUACUUGAGCAUCCAAGUACUUUAUUUCAUGUAUCUCUAGAUUAUCUAUGUGAUGCUACCCACUAAUAUCAGAAAUCAGAAUUCUUAGUAGAAAUAAGCUCAUGUAAUAUCCACAGAUAUUUAAAGAGACUAAAGCAUUAACUGACUCCAUUUAGAUAUGAAGGCCCACAUGCUACCUUCCAUUUCACAAAGCAAAGGCUAGCUAAAUCUGUUUGUAGAGCUCCUGAACCCACAAAAGAGCGUGAGCCUUCUCCCAGCUGCCCCAGAUUUUGUGAGGACUGUAUUGAAGCAUUAGGGGAGAACACAUGGCUCUGGGGAAAGGUGUAGCCACACUGUGACAUGCUCCCUUCAGAAAUCCAGCUGGGGAAUACUACUAUUCGGUGCUAACACCCAUUCCCUACGGAUGGAUUUCAGUCCAACCAUUGGCAGGACAACAUGGUAUCUUGGCUCUAGAAGGAGCCAUGCUGUCAUUUUGUGGAAGGCUGCCCAUGGAACAGUGUAAAUAAAGGCGCUUGGCUUACACACACAUUUCAAGAUCAUGCAGAUCUCAGGACAUCUGUAGAGUUCAAGGGCUGAACCGUCUACCACUUCCAUAAGAGAGAAGGGACAAAACCCAGCUCCCAGCUAAAGGAUUCUGAGGAAACUUUUGGGGCCUGACCCAAAGUUCAUUUAAGCCAGUGGAAGUCUUUCCAUCAAUUUAGCGGGCUUGGAUAAUUUCCUUUGUGAAUAGAAACAUGACUUUCCUAGCCCUUAAGGUGAAAACAUAUCUCAAUAAUUGAGUCUAGUAUUAUAACAUGCUAUAGGGCUGGUUCCCUUGGUUGCAGUAUGGUUUUGGUCAUAUAAUUGCCUUGCAGACUUACUUUCAUAACUUAGAUUUUAAAAACAUGCCACAGUGCUUUAAUAAUGACAUUCUUAAGGGAAGAUUUAUUUUUCUUUAUAAGAAGAAAAUAUUACUCUUAUUAGCAGUCAUUCAUUUACCUGUGGAAAUCUUCUAGUUACCUGCUCUGGGUAAUUUAGGUUAUAACAGGGUGUUUAGCAACAUCAUAUAAAUGAUUUUCUGUAGAAAGGUGGAUUGAGAGUUGGGGUUAAUUUAAUUAGCCUUUUUUUAAUGAGCCCUUGCACAGAAGAAUCCUACUUCAAUUUUUCAAAAGAACACAUUCCUAAAAGAUACUGUCAAUUUUUUAACUACAGUUUCUCUUUCAUACAGUUGACACAUAUGAUAGUGUAAAUCAUAUUCAUUUGCAGUCCUAAACAAACAGGGAACCUGAACAGUAGCUGGAGUGAUACUACAAAGGGAAAAAAAGUUUUAAAAUUAACUGCUACCAAUUGCUUAUGCCUAUUGUUAUCCUAAUAUAUUGUGUUUUUGCAUUUAAAAGAUUUCCAGUUUCAGUAUGUUCUGUAUGGCAUUUUUCAUGUGUUUUUUUUAAUAAACUUGUUUUUAACUUUU